AUGUAUAAACGCACCUCCGUUGCAGAGGUGGCGUAUAUUCUUAAGAGGGUCGAGGAGGAAAAGGCCGCCCGCCUCGCGGAGAUGGAGAAGGCCACAAAGGCCGGGAAGGGCAAAGGGGAAACUAGGGACGGAAGUUCUUCCCAGGGCGGUAGCAAGACGCAAGCCACGGAAGGGGCUGCUGGGGAAGAGCUUGCCGGUGAUAAUUUUGCCGGGCUAGAUGCCCUAGACACGGCGGAAACGGAGCUCCAAGAAGAGGAGGAGGGGGAGGAGGACGCGGCAGCGGCCCCUGAAGAUGAGUGGCUUGCGGCUGGGCCGCAAGCCCCUGUGCUGGACCCAGAUCAGCUCACCCGUAGGCGCGCCGCAGCCCGAGGGACGGCGACCUCCAACCCAACGCCAGCCGCCAACAGGGUGAAGAAGACCUCCACCAAGUCUACCAAGGUCAAGGUGGCGUGCUGCCAAUCUCCUCGCCUUGCUCAGACCAAGGCCUCCUCUGCUAAGCGGCCAGGGGCCGUGGAGGCGGAGUCGAGCCCCCGCUCUAGCUGGAGCUCCCCGCAGAGCUCGUCUUCCCCGGAGCUCCCAAUGCCACGGCAAGCGCCGAAACUGCCGGGGAGUUCUGCCCUUCCAUCUUAG